AUGCCGAAGUAUUAUUGUGAUUACUGCGAUACGUAUCUGACGCACGAUUCGCCUUCUGUUAGAAAAACGCACUGUGGCGGUAGGAAUCACAAGGACAACGUACGGGAUUAUUAUCAAAAAUGGCUGGAGGAACAGGUUCAAAAGCUCGUUGAUCAUACAUCUGAGGCAUACAAGCAGGGAAAGAUGCCGCCUCCCUUAUUUGGUUCGCCGCUCGGAAUGCCCCCUCCUGGACUGGCUUAUCCUCCUAGAUUUCCUCCGGUAGCCGUUCCUCCGGGAUAUCGUGGACCCACACCGAUGGUUCCUCCUCAAGGUAUGAUGAUGCCACCCCGAGUGGGUAUGCCUGGCAUGCCUGGAAUGCCGGGCAUGGCUGGUUGGCCCCCAGCACCGACAGGCGCGGCGAUGCCCCCGUAUACUGCGCCCCCGCAGUAA